AUGGUCCACAAGGUCCUGUUCUGGAGCGGUCUCGGCAUCGCCGCACGACUCUGGCAGCUCGGCAUUGAGAUGCGCCCGCUCUUCAACCGCGAGUCGCUUUGGGUCUACCCCGUCUAUGCUGGCAUUGGCGGCAGCUUUGGCUACUGGCUGAUGGGCGUCGAGCACCGACAGUUCAAGUACCUGGCCGACCGACGCGACACAUUGCUCGAGAAGAGAGCACGGAGGAAGGAGCGUGAGGAGGCUGCUGCCGCCGAACAGUCGUAG